UCAUUGCUAAAUAUUUUCCUUUUACUUAAAUGCGGCCACCAAGUAGUUUUUGUAUUAACAACAAGGAAUAACAACAUGGAGGAACUCAUCUAGGCGAUUGAAAGUUUGCCAGUUUAUUUCUCGACAAAUUUAGAAAUGGCUGAGGUGCACGUGAUUGGACAAAUUGUUGGGGCUUCAGGCUUUCCAGACCACAGCCUUUUUUGCAAAUGGGGCAUUCAUUCUGGUGGUGGCUGGAAGUUACUGAGUGGUUUGAGAGAAGGACAGACACAAGUUGACAACCCACAGAGUCAUGAUGCUGCUUAUUUCGCCCAUCCAAUAGAUGUACAUUUUGCCACCAAGGGGAUACAAGGUUGGCCUCGUCUCCACUUCCAGGUAUGGCAUCAAGAUGCGUUUGGUCGCAAUGAGCUCUAUGGUUAUGGGUUCGUUCAUUUACCCACAUCUCCAGGAACCCAUGAAAUAGACUGUCCCACAUGGCGACCAACGGGUUCGUUUAUGGAAAGUGUUUCUCAGUACUUCCUGGGCGGGGGCCCACACCUAAAGAACCCCGAUCUGAUCUACAGUGGUGCAGACAGGUAUAGACUUCAGACCAUCGCCAUGGGCAAGGUUCACUUGAGACUAGGGGUGAUCCUGAGGAACUUUGACAAGUUUGGUAUCGAGUGUUGACGCUGACCUGUAACUUUGCAAGUAGUUUCUACAGAUGUGUGGAUGGGAUAAACUGCUCUGUUGUGAAAGGAUGAGAAGACAGGUUUUGUUGUUCAUAUGGAUCAAAAAAGCACUUUGAGAACUAGAUUUUUCUGCUCCACUACACUUUCAUGUAUUAACCACUUCGUGACCACUCCUGUACACCAUACGUCCAACAUUGUGUGCCAAGAUGCUGUCCUUCCGUACAAUAUACUGCCUAAAAUCAGCAAUCGCGUAGACCUUACUACGUACACCGUGGGAGAUUUUAUCUGCACUACAAUAGCUUUGAACAUCCUGGCUAGCAAAAAUUGAGUGCAGUAAACGUUGGAAAAACCAUACAUCACGAAGGGAUUAAAGGGAAGUAAUCCUCAGUCAAUUUUCUCUUGUUCUUUUGAGCAUUAUAUCCCUUACUUGAAUGUGUCCAUGCCGGGAAGACUCAUUUCUCUAAGCUGUUGUGAAAAUGAUUUGUUUUACAAUUUGUAUGGUCCCUGAUAAGUUCAGCUAUAUGCCGGUAAAAGUAUGAAUAACGUUCAGUUUGCGUUUUCUUUUAGUUUUAGAGUAACACAGAACUACGGCAAUGGAGUUACAUUCACAAUUCAGAAAUCUUGUAAAACUAAAGGUAAAGAUAGUUGAUAGUCUUUUCAUUUUUUCCAGCAUGUCAUAAAUAUAUCUUAUCUUGUCUCUAUCCGAGUUUAAAAAGCACUGUUUGUUCUUCAUGUAUAGUGUUGUUAUUGCAACUGCCAUGUUUUUUUCUCUUUUGAUUUUUGGUGAGAUAGUUCAUUAUUCAGCUUAUGGGAUGAGAACACUGCUCUACUGUGCUCUCUUAAAUGUAUGUUGAAGGUUAGAAUCUAUUUAUAGAUUUCUAAAAAGUGCCCUAAGCUCUUUCAUGUACUUUUCAUACUUUUUUAAGCUACUGCUAGUAUCUCAGUUUUAAAUGAAUGUUUGGCAUAUUAUUUGACCACAAUUUCCUGGUGCUGUGCCUUGGGUCUCAUUCAAUUCACCAUUCAUUUGUCUUAGAAUUGAAAAAGAAGAGAGCUUGUUUGUUCAUACAAUUUUCUAAGAGGUGUCCUUAUCUUGUGUCCUUGUCAAGGUGGACUGUCACUCUUGCACUUCAUUUGCACGUACAUCAACUUCCGCAAGACAGGAGACAGCGCACAGUGACUUUUAUAAGAAAGAUAUUCACUCUGACAUUGUUUCCAUAUGUAAG